UGAUCUCAAAACAUGGCGGAUGGAUCACAACAUCAGUCUGUAUUUCAGAAAUUACACGAUGACUCAUGCCUGUUCGUCCGAAUAUCUCCCUAUGCACAUUUUAAAUAUACUGGUUCACACAAUAUGGCUGGUGGAUAUGUCAAUGAGAUUAUUAAGGGUCAUUUUGUGGCGACUCGUCAAGCUACUAUCUUGCAAUGUGAGAGAUCGCUUGCUCCUGUUGUUGUACAGGCUCCAUCUGAAGCUCCGUUAGAGAAGAAAACAACGAGUUUUAUUGUGGACUUUUUAAUGGGAGGAGUUUCUGCUGCUGUGUCUAAGACGGCUGCUGCUCCGAUUGAGAGAAUCAAGCUUUUGAUUCAGAAUCAGGAUGAGAUGAUCAAAUCCGGUAGACUUUCCGAACCAUACAAAGGGAUUACGGAUUGCUUUACUAGAACUAUCAAGGAUGAAGGUGUCCUUUCUCUUUGGAGAGGCAAUACUGCAAAUGUCAUCAGAUAUUUCCCAACACAGGCCUUGAAUUUUGCAUUUAAAGACUAUUUUAAGAGAAUUUUUAAUUUCAAUAAAGAAAGGGAUGGCUACUGGAAGUGGUUUGGAGGAAAUUUAGCAUCCGGUGGUGCUGCUGGUGCUUCAUCCCUUUUGUUCGUGUACUCGCUGGACUAUGCCAGAACGCGACUCGCCAAUGAUGCUAAGGCUGCGAAAAAGGGUGGUGAGAGGCAGUUUAAUGGUUUGCUCGAUGUUUACCGUAAAACCAUCAAAUCUGAUGGUAUUCCUGGUCUUUACCGUGGCUUCACCAUCUCGUGUGUGGGAAUAGUUGUUUAUCGUGGUUUGUACUUCGGAAUAUACGAUUCGCUUAAACCUUUGGUUUUGGUUGGUAACUUGGAGGAUAGCUUCUUCGCGAGUUUUUUGCUAGGAUGGGGCAUCACUAUCGGUGCUGGUUUAGCGUCUUACCCUAUUGAUACGGUGCGUAGAAGAAUGAUGAUGACUUCAGGAGAAGAAGUAAAGUACAAGGGCUCAUUAGAUGCAUUUUCUCAGAUAAUGAAGAAAGAAGGCACCAAGUCGCUUUUCAAAGGCGCUGGUGCUAAUAUCCUUCGUGCUGUUGCUGGUGCCGGUGUGCUAGCCGGGUAUGAUAAACUCCAGCUCAUUUUCUUCGGAAAGAAAUACGGAUCUGGUGGUGGAAGUUAAUAAGGUAGAUAUAUCAAGUGAUAAUGACAAAGAUGAUCGUUGAGGUCGUGUAGAUUGUUUUUGUUGUUUGAGUCGAACUUUUGAGUCAAGGAUCUAUCGAAAACAGUCUAUUUACCUUCACAAGGUAGGAGUAAGGCUACGUACGCUUCACCCUCUCUAGACCCUACUUGUGAAAUUACACUGAAUAUAUUUUUUUUGUUGUUGAGUCUAGCUUUUAAAUAAUUAUUUUAGCGAGCCAUGUUAUCCGGAAUAUAGACUAUAGAGAUCCUCAGUAAUUUAUGGUUAGAGAUCAC